AUUGGAGGACUGGGUUUGAACGUAUUUCAAACGCUUGGGUCGUGCCUUCAGUAGUCGCGUUUGGAAAAGGCAACCGUUUUGAGGUUGACUCACUUGCUUUCUCUUGUCAAUGUUACACGAAGUCCGACUUAGGAAAAGAAACGGUAUCGGGAAAUGUGGAUUACCAGUCCCCAAAAUAUCCGAACUGAGUUCAUUCAAGCCAGUGCUCACAAUCCCACAGGUAUCGACACAGGCUACCUCCGGGCAGUUCACGACUAAGUCAGUCGUGGGGCUGCACAAACUGUGUGUGUAGGUCCGUGCGUGUUGUUAAAUAUCUGAAACUAUCGAGACAGCCGGCCGUCAAGCUUAAAAUGCUCGAUAUUUUUUCUAAAAAAGAACACUUGCAAUUAUCAAUCAGUCGCCAGGUUCUUGGCAAAUUAAUACGUGGCAGUCAACGGAGCAUUAGGCAGAGCAGUGAGAGGCUGCCCUGGCAAAUGAUCCCAUUCGGGGGCUGCUGAUACCUUUCCUGUGGCUCUGAACUCACAGGAACCUCUCUCCUUUUCUGAUCGGCUUCCUGGAGCGUCCACUGGGUUUUUAACGAAUUCAGCGGAAAGCAGCAGAUUGAGCCGGACGGCAGCGAGCAAGAAAUGAAAAGGCAGAACCGCACUUAUUUCUGUAGCUCUCAUUUCAGAAUUUAAAGCACUUGCUCUAAAUUAAACUUCCCGUCUGGAGAAAACCGAGGCGACGUUCGCCGGGUCAAAAGAAAGGGAGAGUUCUGAAAGUUUGACCGUCUCGAUAGGGGUGCUGCACAAUUAAUUAGUUUAUUUAAAUAUGCUGUCUGCCUCUGAAAGGAACAAAAGAUUCAGCUGCAGAACAUUCAUCGAUACAACAGCACAGUGGAGUAUUGAAUAAUAACAGGGUAGAGUAAAGAAUGAAGUGGCCUCUUUUCAAUGAAACAAAAGACACUUUGAUCAAAUCUAGGCGUUGACACGUAUAACCCUCUACUAUUUGGCUGGAUUCUGCAGUAUUUCCACAGAAUGGAAGAAGGCUGGAAUCUGAAACGGAAUUCAGGUGAAACAAAUAAAGCAGUAUUACUACUAAAUGGUUCCUGUGAACCUAAAAGUACUGGAUGUGCGCAGGAACUUUUCCAUGAAGCUGCACAGGUAUCCCAGUCCCAUGUUAAGCCCUGGUGGAAAGUUAAGAUAUUUGUCUGGGAACCAGUGCUAUUUGGAACAUGGGAUGGAGUAUUUACGACUUGUAUGAUUAAUAUCUUUGGAGUGGUUCUCUUCCUGCGAACUGGAUGGCUUGUGGGAAAUACUGGCGUCCUACUGGGAAUGUUUAUGGUGACCCUGGUUGUCUUGGUUGCUCUGGUGACAGUGCUAUCUGGGAUUGGCGUAUGGAAGAGGUGCAGUCUCGGAAAUGGUGGAGUGUAUGCCAUGCUUUCUACAGUUCUGGGAGGUCAAGUUGGAGGCACCUUUGGAUUUCUCUAUGUAUUUGGACAGUGUGUUGCAGGUGCUAUGUAUAUCACUGGCUUUGCAGAAUCCAUUGCUGACUUGUUGGACCUCAGUGACAUCUGGGCUGUUCGGGGAAUUUCUAUUGCUGUGCUGCUGGGAUUACUGGGAAUUAAUCUAGCAGGAGUCAAAUGGAUCAUUCGGUUUCAACUGUUGCUUUUAGCUUUGCUGGCUAUCUCUACGAUGGAUUUUGUUAUUGGUACUUUCACACACCUGGACCCAGAUUUUGGAUUUGUGGGGUAUAGUGAAGAACUACUCAAGAACAACACAUUCCCAGACUAUAGCCCGGAAGAAAAUUUUUUCACUGUUUUUGGUGUUUUCUUUCCUACUGCUACUGGUGUGAUGGCAGGAUUUAACAUGAGUGGAGACCUUCAGAAACCUGCAUCCAAUAUCCCUCUUGGGUCACUAGCAGCUCUGGGCGUCUCGUGGUUCCUAUAUUUAGUGUUUGUUUUCUUGCUGGGAGCUGUGUGUACAAGGGAGGCACUCAGAUAUGAUUUCAUGAUAGCUGAAAAGGUUGCCUUGGUGGGAUUCCUCUGGUUAUUAGGGCUGUAUAUUUCAUCGUUAGCUUCCUGCAUGGGAGGUCUUUAUGGUGCACCUAGAAUCCUUCAAUGCAUUGCACAAGAAAAGGUGAUACCCGUCCUUGGGUGCUUGGGCAGUGGGAAAGGACCAAACAAGACACCAGUGGCUGCAAUAUUUCUUGUGGGACUUGUGACUAUGGCAUUUAUCUUUAUUGGACAAGUGAAUAUUCUUGCCCCAAUAGUCACCAUCAACUUUAUGCUGACUUACAGUGUGGUAGAUUACUCUUACUUCUCUGUAUGUAUGAGCUAUGAUAUUCAGCAAAAUGAAAAAGAAAGGAAUAAAGUAAAUGCUAGCACUUAUAAACUAACACCAAAGCUGAACUCAGAAGGCCCACUUAAAAAUGGAUCUACUGGCCUAAUAAAAGGAAGUACAAAUGGAUCUUUGCUUGAGUUCAAUAAAGAUAUGAAUCAGAUCUUUCAAACAGUGCCUCAUAACAGGAAUGCAAAGGUGGAAAAAAACAAUAAAGGAAAAGUUGUGAAUCAAUCUAUCCGAUUAAAAAAAGCAAGAGUACCUGCUAAACAGACACUGCAAAACAGUUUUAUGUUGAACCUUGACAACACAAAUGCAACAUUUAAAGAGGACAUCAACCAGGUUGCAGGGACAGAGCUUGCAGAUAACAUGCCUGAACAGAAUGCAGGAGACCUGUCCAGACAGGAUGUAGGACAUCACCAGCAUUUGGAAAAUCCUUUUGUACCUCAAGUCGUGGAAGCCAAUCUCAAUGUUGAAAGCAACAUAAUUGAGCCUUCAGAAUACUGUUAUACAGACACAGAUGAUUCAACAGAAACAAAAGGAUAUGGUUCCAUUGAAAGGCAGAAGUCUCAGGAACCAGAGAUUUACAAGAUGCCAAGAUCAUUUUAUUCUAAACUUUGCAAUCGUUGGUUGUCCUUACUUGGUGCAAUAGUGUCGAUUGUAAUCAUGUUUGUAAUUCACUGGAUUUAUGCUUUAAUUAACAUUGCUGUGGCAUUUUUCAUCUACAUUUACAUUGGACAAAUGAGUCCAGGACUUCCUCCUGGCCUAGCGAAUAACUUCAACUUUUUACAUUGGAUUCGGACCGUCUACAGUGAGUCAAGGAGGAAAGGAUCACCACAUGAGAAACAGAUUAUUGUGACACCCUCAUUUACAACAGUGGGUAUGGCGACAACUCAAUUAACCGAAGAGAAUGCUGACUUUGCAUCCAGAGACCGCUACCAUCAUUCCUCAGUUAUUAGUCGUGAAAUUCUCAGCCGUCAUUUGAACUGAAUCUCAACUCUCUGUUGAUGUUCUUCUUUUGUGACUGUGUUUGGUUGGCAGGCCUUAAAGGCUGUGAAAAUUCUGUUGUAAAACUUAACUGUGUGUUUACAUGAAGUACAUUUGCUUUCAAACGACAUGAGUAAGAAUAGAUUCAAUGAAAUAUUAGGGUAGCUACAACGUUACUGCAGAGGAAUACAGCUAACUUAUAUGCAAAUUUUUAAUAAUUGUGAAUGUAUGAAUGGUUUUACUUGUUUUUUUUAAAAGAGGUUUCCUUAAGUAUACAUAUAUUAUGGAUUAAUUCAGGUUUUUGCCAAGAUACUUGGAGUAACUUUAACAGAAAUGCUGACAUAUUUUUCUACCAUCUUUGCCAACCAUAUUACAAGUAGUAGAUGACGUAGUGCUGAAGUGGAUGCAUUACGUUAGUUUUGGCAGGAUUGCUGGCCACUCCUAAUUUUCUGCGUUAAAAUUCAGGAGUCAAAAGAAAGCAGAUCUUCAUUGUCAAGCCUUUUUUUUUAACAAAAAUGUUUGGAUUCAUAUUGUGAGUAGGGUUUUAACAACCUGGUUUUUGUGGCAGUUUGGGUGCAGAGAACCUUUCUUAUGGAUAAAAAUGUCUUUCUCUUUAUUCCUUGCACCGAAGCCGAAUAUUUUCUUUCUUAACCUGAAGCUGCAAGAAUAUAUGAUGCCACCAAAGAAAGGAAAUAUUCAAAUAAGUUCUAUGGGUUGGUGAGCUCAGUUGGCUGGAUUCAUCAGCAUGGAUUAAAUUCCCACACCACUUCGGUUACCAUGAAGGUCCCAUUGUGUCAACCACUCUGCUCCCCUGAGGUAUGAUGACCCUCCUGGUAAACCACCACCAAUCAUCUCUAUCUAAUCAGAGAGCAGCUCUAAGGUCUGGUAAGACAAUGGCAUCUUUACCUUUACUCUAAUCUCUUGAACUGGAGACCAGACAAAAUUUGAAAUAUGUCAAUUCCCCUGCAGCAGUAGUCACCGCUCAUAAGCUACUGAAAAUUUGAAAAUAAUCAUAUUGAUACGGUGUAGAAAGGAAGUGCUGAAAGAUUAUUAACUCAGUGCGACAGUUGUAUCACUGUAAGAUGUAGGAGCAGAAGUAGGCCAUUCAGCCCAUUGAGUCUACUCUGCCAUUCAAUCAGAUCAUAGCUGAUGUGAUAAUUCUCAACUCAAUAUCACAGAGACUUGGUUGAAGGAAGGGCAUGAUGAUUGGCAAUUAAAUGUUUCAGGAUAUAGAUGCUUCUGACAGGACAGGGAGUGAAAUAAAGGGGAGGGUGGAGUUGCAUUGCUGGUCAAGGACCAUAUCACGGCUGUGCUAGAGAAGCUAACUAUGGAGGUCUUGGAUAGUGAGGCAUUAUGGGUGGAGCUGAGAAAUAAGAAGGGUGCAGUCACACUGUUGGGGCUGUAUUACAGGCCUCCCAACAGUGAGCGUGAGGUAGAAGAACAAAUAGGUAACAGAUUAUGGAAAGAUGUAGAGGCAGUAGGGUAAUGGUGAUGGGAGAUUUUAAUUUUCCCAACGUUGACUGGGAUACAUUUAAUGUCAGAGGUCUGGAUGGGGUAGAAUUUGUAAGAAGCGUCCAGGAGAAUUUUCUAGAGCAGUAUAUCAAUAGUCCGACGAGGGAAGGGACCAUAUUGGAUCUGGUACUGGGGAACGAGCCAGGACAGGUGGUAGAAGUUGGAGUGGGGGAUUUCUUUGGGAACAGUGACCACAAUUCUGUAAGUUUUAGAAUACACGUAGAUAAAGAAGAGAGUGGUCCUAAGGGAAGAGUACUAAACUGGGCCAAGGCCAUUUAUAUCAAAAUUAGGCAGGAGCUCGGAACUGUGGAUUGGACACAGUUAUUUGAAGGGAAGUCCACAUUUGAGAUGUGGGAGGCUUUCAAAGAUAAGUUAAAGAUAGUGCAGGAUAGGCACAUCCCAUUGAAUGCAAAGAAUAGGAAGAGCAUGAUUCGUGAACCGUGGAUGACAGGAGAAAUUGUAUGACUAGCCAAGAGGAGAAGGGAAGCAUACAUAAGGUCUAGGCAGGUAAGAACAGAACGGGUCCUGGAAGAAUAGGACAAGUCUUAAACGAGGAACCAAGCAGGCUGAAAGGGGUCAUGAAAUAGCUUUAGCGAGCAGAAUUAAGGAGAAUCCCAAAGCAUGUUAUUCUUCUAUAAGAAGCAAGUGGGUAACUAGAGAAAGGAUUCGUCCACUAAAGGAUAGUGAAGGAAGGCUGUGUGUCAAACCUGAGAGAAUGGGUGAGAUUCUGAAUGAUUACUUUGCAUCAAUGUUCACUGAGGAGAGGAACAUGAAUGUUGAGAUUAGAGAUAGAAGUUUCAUUAGUCUGGAUCAAGUUGGCAUGAAGAAAUCUAUGUUGGGUAGGCUAGAGUUAUUAAGGUGGACAAAUCCCCAGGACUGGAUGGGAGGCGAGAGAGGAAAUAGCUGGGGCCCUGACAGAUAUCUUUGUGACAUCCUUAAAUACAGGUGAGAUGCCGGAGGACUAGAGGGUUGCUCAUGUUGACCUCUUGUACAAGAAGGGUAGUAGGGAUAUUCAGGGUAACCACAGACCAGUGAGCCUGACAUCAGUGGUGCGAAAGUUGCUAGAGAAGGUACUGAGGGAUAGGAUCUAUUUAUAUUCAGAAAAUAAUGGGCUUAUCAGUGAUAGGCAACAUGGUUUUUGUGCGGGGGAGAUUGUGCCUUACCAACUUAAUAGAGUUCUUCGAGAAAGUGAAGGAAGGGCUGUUGAUGUCAUAUACAUGGACUUUAGUAAGGCAUUUGAUAAGGUUCCCCAUGGUAGACUAAUGGAGAAAGUGAAGUCAUAUGGUGUGCAGGGUGUUGUAGCUAGGUGGAUAAAGAACUGGUUGAGCAACAGGAGACAGAGACAUGUAGUUGAAGGGAGUUUCUCGAAAUGGAGAAAGGUGAUUAGUGGUGUUCCACAGGGGUCAGUGUUGGGGCCACUGUUGUUUGUAAUAUACUUAAAUGAUCUGGAAGAGGGCACUGUUGGUAUGAUCAGCAAGUUUGCAGAUGACACGAAGUUUGGUGGAGUAGCAGAAAGCUUAAGGGACUGUCAGACAAUACAGGAGGAUAUAGAUAGACUGGAGAGUUGAGCAGAGAAGUGGCAGAUGAUUUUCAAUCCAGACAAAUGUGAGGUGAUGCAUUUCAGCAAAACUAUUUCUAGAGCAAAUUAUACAAUGACUGGAAGAGCCUUGGGAAAAGUUGAUGGGCAGAAUGGUCUGGGAGUGCAGGUUCAUUGCACCCUGAAUGUUGCUACACAGUGGGAUAGAGUGGUUAAGAAGGCAUAUAGUAUGCUUGCCUUCAUUGGACGGGGUAUUGAGUAUAAGAGCUGGCAAGUCAUGUUAACAUUGUACAAGACAUUGGUUCGACCGCAUUUAGAAUACUGUGUACAGUUCUGGUUGCCACAUUACCAAAAGGAUGUGAGAAGGUUUACGAGGAUGUUGCCUGGUAUGGAAGGUGCUAGCUAUGAAGAAAGUUUGAGUAGGUUAGGUUUAUAUUCAUUAGAAAAAAGGAGAUUGAGGGGGGACCUGAUUGAGGUUUCUAAAAUCAUGAAGGUUAUAGACCGGGUGGAUAGAGACAAGCUUUUUCACAGGGUGAAGGAUUCAAUAACGAGAGGUCACUCUUUCAAGGUGAGAGGUGGAAAGUUUAAGGGGGAUACAUGCGGCAAGUACGUCACACAGAGGGUGGUAGGCAUUUGGAACGCGUUGCCAGCAGAGCUGAUAGAGGCAGGUAUGGUAGAUUUCAUUUAAGAUACAUCUGGAUAAAUGCAUGAAUAGGUGGGGAGUAGAGGAAUACAAAUGCUUAGGAAUUGGGCGACCGGUUUAGACAGUACAUUUGGAUCGGCUCAGGCUUGGAGGGCCGAAGGGCCUGUUCCUGGGCUGUAAAUUUUCUUUGUUCAAUUUUCUGCCCAUAAUUAUUGAUUCCCUUCAUGAUUAGAAAUCGGUCUCUCUCAGCCUUGAAUGUAGGACUGAUUGCAAAAAAUAUAUAAAAUCCAGAACAUUAAAUAAUAUUUAAUAAUGUAAUGCAUAUUAACUUUGGGAUUGCUGAACAAAUUUGAAAGAACUGUGGAUACUGGAAAUCAGAAAUUGCUGGAAAAGCUCAGCAGGUCUAGCUGCAUCUGUGAAGAAAAAAACGGAGUUGACAUUUCAGGUCCAGUGAUCUUUCUUCUGAACUUUCUUCAGUCGACCCUGGUUUUAUCUCCACAGAUGCUGCCAGACCUGCUGAGUUUUUCCAGCAAUUUCUGUCUUGGGUCCAGAAUUGCUGGAUGUUAGUUUCAAAAUUUCCUUUCACAUUAUUAUUUUUACAAUUGUUACCAAAUACAAAGAAAGCCUGCAUUAAAUGAAUAGAAAUGAUUACAAAUGUAAGAGACUUUGAAUCACU